UUUGCUUUACAUCAACCAUGGAGUAAAUUGUCGACGUACACUGGAAAUACUUCGCAUUUUAUUCGCCUUUCUACCGGCGAAUUAGCUCUUGGUUACAAACCACAGAUUGCCGGGCGAAAGUACAUCCCAGGAUCCACUUCAGGAGGUUUUCCUGGAUUUCUUCCAGGUCCUAAAGACGGGGAUACAUUUCCAAUGGCUUACAAGGUUACCAAACCGCUCGCGUUUGACAUUACAGAGUGGUCAAGCAUCUGCCGGCAGCUUAUUGAUGCAGAACUUACAGUUUACGGAACAAUACUUAUCAGGUUUAAUAUGAUUUAUUCUUGCGACAAGCAUACCACGGCUAUGAUUAGGGGCUAGGAGACAAAGGAAAUUGAGAAUCAACCUAGGUUGAAAAGAUCAAAUUUGAAAUCAAAUUUGACCUGUAACAUAAACACCCCCCAAGUUCUAAACUAGGUACCGUAAAAUUCAGAAAAUAAGCCCAGGGGCUUAUAUUUUUCAAAGCCCCUUUUUGAGGGGCUUAAAUUCGGAAGGGCUUAUCUAUGGAGGGAAAUUUGCGUUUCAAAAUCGAUUGGGCUAGCCUUAUAGUUAGAAGGAAAUUUACCAUUUUUGUUUUGUUUUACUAUGUAUUUGGGGGCAAUUUCCAAGUACAAGCCCCUGGAGGGCUUAUAUUUGGAGGGGCGAUUUAACGGAGGGUUUUUUGCAUUACGAGUUUGGGGGGCUUAUAUUUGGAGGGGCUUAUUUUCAGAAUUUUACGGUAUAUGAAAGGCGUUUCAUUUGUUAAUAGAAGAUAUACAAGAUGGAAAAAAUAAAAGGGGAAUCAAUUGAGGUUUCUGGGUAACUGACCUUCUACCUCCCCCUAAGUCAAGAUUAACACUUACUUCUCCCUUACGGUAAAGUGGUGACUUAGUGGAGGGGUAGGUGGUCAGUUACCCAGAAAAUUCAAUUGAUCCCCUAAAAGGGUAAGAGGUCAGACAUUAGGGCGUACGGAGCCCCACCCCUCCCAUAUAAACCACCCAUAUAAAACUUUGUUGAGUACCCCCGAGGAUCGGGUUUAUGACAAACAACAAACACCAAUUUGUACCAAGUUUUCCCUUUACUUGAUGGUUACUGUUCAUGAUCUCUGUGCAAGAAUAAGUAGUCUCAUGUCAGGUUUACCCAUAAGUAUUACCAAGAGCCUCUUGGUAGUACUUUGGACAGUUUUCAUCCAGUAAUUUCCUUAUUUCUUAAUGUUGUGAAACAAUUAAUAUUUUCAAAAAAUUAUUUUUUCACAGGAAUUUGCCACUUCAGAACAUGGAUGAUUUCAGAAGUUUCAUUCAUGGACUUGGCUUCAAGUUUUUUGAACAUGGGGUUACUGGUUAUAGGACCCCAUUAGGGUCCCAUGUCUACACUGCCUCGGAUGACCCCCCUGAAGUAACCAUGGAACCACAUAAUGAGUGCUCAUAUUCACCCCUGGUCCCUAGAAAGGUAUAAAUAGAGCUUUUUUAAAAGUUUUAUAGUUCUAUUUCUAUGUGAUUAUGAGACACUAUAUAUGGGUGAAGCCUGCAAAGAUGUGUAUAAGAGAUAACUGGCUUUUUCGCCUGUGGACUGCCCCUUGCUCCCUUCCGCACCCCUUUCACAAAUUUCAGAUCUUUUGUUCAGUUAUAAUCAGCAGCUCACAAGAUAGACUGACACUUGAUUUUUCUUUUCUUUAGAUAAUAAUGUAUUGUAUAAAAGAACCUGAUCCAUUCUGUGGAGGUGAAACUGUUCUUUUAAAAAACAGUGACUUGACUGCCACGUUGGAUCCAAAGGUAACGCAAGAGAUGGAGGAAAAGAAAAUUCGUUACCAAGCAUUUCUUCCAAACAAAGAUUCCAAGGCUAAACUACAGAAGAGUUGGCAAGAUCGAUUCUGGAUGGAUGACCCAAAGGUCUGUUUAUUUUGUAUAUGUUCAUUUUUUUACAUUCAGUCGCUUUUUCUGCAAUGACUGUGGAAUAUAAUCACAGCAAAAAAAGAGUUCUGAAUUCUGGGUCUGUAAUACCUAGAAAACCAUUACUUGAAGAAGGUUCAAAAGAAAGCUCUUCUGUAAUAUGUAUGGUACCAUUAGUUUGAUAGCAUCCAUGGAUGUGAAAGGGGUUUUUGUCAGUGAGUUGAUGUUUAUUCUAGUGAUGGAAGUGGGAGACAGCAAGCAGUUGAAACCCCUUCUCUAUUGAAGAGAGAGACCCCAGACUCAGCGCUUGCUAGGAAAUACGGUACAGUACAUAUAAAAAGGAAAUUUAAGUGCCAGUGAAAGAAUGUCACAAUCAUCAUAUUGUUCUCUUCACUUCAGGAAGUUGAAAAAAUUCUCAAAUCUAAUAAAUGGAAUUUCUCUUGGGAUGACAAUAACAACUUGAGAUACUGGUAUAUCCAUUCUCCUGUCAGGCCCCACCCUGUGACUGAGGAAAAAAUGUGGUUUAAUCAAGUAACCAGUUAUAAUGCUAGCUACUUCAGAGAUCUUCCUCUUUACAAGAAUAUCAACAUGCCAGAUGACCAUUAUCCAUUCCACUCCUAUUACGGUGAUGGGUCAAUCAUUCAGCCUGCAGUCCUUCAGCACAUCCGUGCAGCUAUGUGGUCAUGUGCUUUGGGGUUUCGUUGGAGAACAAAUGAUGUGGUAGUGAUUGACAAUUUACAAGUGUUACAUGGAAGAAUGGGGUGGACUGGUGAGAGAACACUUGUGACCACGCUUAUUGAUGAGUGA